AUGACGUUGUCAAAUACCGUGAUGGAGCAUACAGGAACUAUUUUACUUCUCUUGUUCGUAUGCAACGUAAAUCUUGCUUUCUCUCUAAUAUACAGAUGCAAUGGAACUGCCGGUUGUGGAUGUUCAAAAGCCAAUGUUCACGCAUCUAAAAUCAUUGGUGGUGAAGAGGCAUUUCCAGGCAGCUGGGGAUGGGCUGUAUCAAUACACUCAUCCGAUGUUGGCCAUUUUUGCACUGGAACGAUUGUUUCACCACGACAUGUUAUUACUGCUGCACACUGUCUCACUGACAAGGAUUUAACUCAGAAGGCAUUCGUAGUUGUUGGCGUCAACCGAUGGUCAGAUUACGAAUCAACGAGUGCUCAAUUUAGCCGGUUAGAGAACAUAUUUUCUCAUCCAGAUUUUCAUGCAGAAACACAAAUGCAUGACAUUGGUGUGCUCCGAUUGAGUAAACCCCUGAAUAUUACUAAUGAAACCACUCUCGCUCGUCUGUGCAUACCUAGUGUGGAACCAGUGAGCGAGUAUGCUCGCUAUCCUGGUGAUGGAGCGUCUCUCGUAGCUAUCGGAUGGGGCAAAUUGAAACAGAGUGACGAGAAGGUUCCUGAGAGGCUGCACCAAGUCACAGUAAAUGCAGUACCUGUUCAUGAUGAGAGAUGUACGGAAUUUAUUAAGAAUUCAACUACACAGUUUUGCGCUGGUGUAGAUGGCGGUGGUAAAGAUACGUGUCAAGGAGAUUCGGGAGGACCGUUGAUGCGAUUCGAUCCGAAAGAAAAACGAUGGUUAUUGGCUGGUGUCACUAGUUUCGGUAUAGGUUGUGGCGAUCGCCGUUAUUCAGGUGUUUACACCCGCGUUACUGCUUAUCGUGAAUGGCUUAAAUCAAUAGUCGAUGAUGGAUUUAUCGAAGUGCUAACCGACCCUUAUUCAGCUGCUACUAAAAACUCCUAUCAAAUAUACAUUUCAUUCUUACUAAUCGUAGAGCUUUUCCUCUUAUCGUAA